CUCGUUCCUUUGAAGCGUCUCUCAUGGCCUCUCAAACCCUCAAACACCGGCCCAAGGAGGAGCCGACGACGACAGCGACGACCACCGCCACGCCUUCCACCACCAGUCACAAGUACCGGAAGGACCAGAGGCUGGCCAUGGCCAAGCGCGGCCUCCGCUCGCUGGCCGUGGCGGUGGCCAUCCCCGCGGUCGGCACCGCCGCCUCCAUCUCGAUCGCCGGCGCCACCCUGGCGUCCACGAAGCCAUCGUGGAGCCCGCCGGUGUGGGCCUUCCACCUGGGCUCCCUCCUGAUGUCCGCGCUGUUGGGCUUCUCGUCGUGGCUAGUGUGGGCGGAGGGCGGCUUCCACGGCCGCAGCGAGGCCCUUCCGCUGUACCUCUCGGAGCUCUUCAUGUCCCUCAUGUGGGCGCCGCUCGUCUUCGGCGCCGGAUUCCCCAGGCCGGGCAUGGCGGUCUGCGUCGCCCACUUCGCCGUCCUCUUCAUGCUCUCUCAGAGCUACCGUCAGGUGAACCCCAUGGCCGCCGAUCUCAUCAAGCCUUACCUAGCAUGGGUCUCCUUCCUCGCGGUCUUCAACUACAAGCUCCUGUGAAGCUUCGAAGCUGUCUGUGUAUGUAACCACGACCUGUAGCAUGAGCAUGAGUUGUAGCUUUUGGUUCUUGUCUGUGUUCUCCCCGAACUCGAUCGAAUCUACACAAUAACAUUAUAGAAGAUGGAUCACAAGCUGCGACAGGUUGGAUCUCACUCUGUUGCAUGCCCAUGCAUACAUAACAAUGGCUCUUCUUAAGUUGCCUUCAUCAUAUGUAUAUAACAUGCAUAAGGUUAAUGUUGGAUAUGUCAUAUAUAAAAUG